AUGGAGGUCUUAUCUAGGCUGUUGAAUAAACCUCCUGUGUGGUUUAGGUUCUAUGAUCGGUGUGAGCGUCUGGGCCUGACUCAUUUGGUUUUUGCAAACAAUUUGAUGAUUUUAUGUGCAGCUGAGAAAGAUUCUUUAGAGUUUGUGAGGCAGGUCCUGACAGAUUUUGCAGGACUAUCUGGGUUAGUUGCAAAUGUUGAGAAGAGUUCCAUGUUUGUUGCAAGUGUAGAGUCUAGGGAGGCAAAGAAACUAGCUGCGUCUAUGGGUUUCUCUCUUAGUUCGCUGCCUGGUUUCUGGGUUUACCUUUAUUGGUGGCUUGUUAGGUCUGUUUUACAGUCCUUUCAGGUGUUUUGGUGUAGCAUCUUCGUAUUACCUGCGUGUAUAACUCAUGAGGUUGAUCGUCUGUUACGUAGUUAUUUAUGGAAGGGUAGUGUGGUGAGUCGGGGUGGUGCACGGGUGGCGUGGGAUGAGGUGUGCUUGCCGUUGGGAGAUGGAGGUUUCGGUGUGAAGCAUGUGGCCUCUUUGAACAACUCUGCUAUUAUGAAGAGUGAGGUUGGGAGGUCUUGGUGUUUGAGGGCUAUCUUGCGAAGUAAAGAUAGAUUCAAGCAUCUGGUUCGUUUGAUGAUCGACGAUGGACGGCCUUGUUUUGUUUGGUGGGAUCCUUGGCUAUCAGGGGGAGCGAUUUUGGAUUCAUACAGGUCUACAGUGGUUUAUGAUAUAGGGAGUAGUUUGGAGGCGCAGUUGUCGAAGUUCAUGGAUGGUGAGGGAGGUUGGAGGUGGCCUACAAUGUCUUGGGAGCUGCUUGAGAUCUGGGGUUUUAUUCAGGCAGUGGGGCCUAGGGAGCGUAAUCAGCAGCUGCAUGGAGGUCGAUCGAGGUCGGUAUCUGCUUUGGUUCACCUUAUGGUCUCUACGUUUAUGGGGUUUUGGGUUCUUUUCUCUGGCUUUCUCCCUAAUGGUUUGCGAGUUUGUGUUUAUGUGUUGGUUAUGUUUUGGUCUUAUCUUGUUGGCUUCAUUUUGGUUUUGUUACUCUGUCUUUGCCUGUGCUUUGUUGCUUUGAUGCCUUGA